CAACCCGGCUGCACAGGAAGUACAGCAGCACCACAGCAAUGUUUGCUAGUUAGCAGCUGGUUAGCACGUUAGCCCGGGUGCUUUUUCUCUGAAUAGCGAAUUAAAUUAUCCCUGAAUGCAGUAUAAUUUAUAAGUUAAUGGUCUUCCGGGGCCACAGCUCGUCGAUAUGUCUGAUAGAAAGCGAACAAGAGAGAAGGAAGACAGACGAGACCACAAGAGACACAAGUCGUCCAAACAGGAUUUGGAGAAACUCAAAACACAAACGAAAAAACUCAACCAAGAAGUCCAAAAAUUGAAACACGUCGAGACAUUCUAUGAGAAGCCUCCACCAGGACUCAUAAAGGAGAAGGAAGAAAAACCAGAGGACUGUAUUCCUGCUGAACCAGGAAAUGAAGAAGCCAGGAGCUUCCUGGCACAUGCCCCCACCAGAGGCCUUUGGAUGCCUCUGGGGAAGGAAGUGAAGGUGAUGCAGUGCUGGAGAUGCAAGCGCUAUGGUCACAGGACAGGAGACAGGGAGUGUCCUUUCUUCAUCAAAGGAAACCAGAAACUGGAGCAGUUCAGAGUGGCUCACGAAGACCCAAUGUACGACAUAAUUCGGGAAAACAAAAGGAAUGAAAAAGAAACCAGGAUCCAGCAGCUGCAGCAGCUGCUUCAGGACACCACCUCCUCCUCAUCCUCCUCCGAUACAGACAGCUCCUCCUCCUCUUCCUCUGACCACCAUCGCAGCAAGAAGCGGAAAAAGAGGAAGGACAAAAAGAAGAAAGACAAGAAGAAGAGAAAGAGGAAGCGAAAGCACAAGUCCUCCAAAACCAGUGCCAGCUCAGAUUCAGAUUGAGUGUCUGGAACAUGCUGAUGUGUAUGCUUGGUAAAUUACAUACUGUGAACGUAGGAAGAGACUGCUGAAUGAAGUAGCAGCAGAGGUAGAUCUUACACAGUAGUGAAGUGUGUUCCUCAGAGUGUACCAGUAAGAACUAAACUCUGGAGACCUCCAUAAGCCUUUUCUCUGCAGGGUGAAAACUCUGAAACUGUAUAUCCGCUUCGCAUGACUUCCUCCAGCCGUCUGAUUUGCUCCAGGGUGACGACUUGCAUUUAGAUCAUACAGCACAGGCUCAUAUGGAAUAGCUACUUAAGUGUGUGUACGUGUGCCUUGGCGCAUAUGUGUGUCAAAAAGCAUUAGCUGUGUGGGUAAUGAAUCUAAAGUGAUGUGAAUUGAGCCCGCUGGAGUAAAAGAUAAUGUUCUUUUAUGGGGUCUAAUAAGAAGAUAGCAUGUCAGCAAAUAGCGUGUCAUUAAGAGAUUGUAUUUUCCACCAUAGUGUUUUUUUUAUAUUAUCCCUGCCAUCUCACUGGUAUUAAAUACUUUGAUUGUAGAGUGUUUUAAAUGCAGAGAGGUGGAAAAAAGAAUGUCUAAAUUAAACGCUGGAGCACAGAUAGGAUUUGUUUUCCACACAAGCCAGAAUGUUUGAAUGCGUAUGACUGUACAUAAAUAUUUGGAAUGAUUUGAGGUUGGAAUAUGCUUAUUUGCUUUUUUUCCCCUUUUUCUUUAAAAAGCCACAGAGAUGGGGAAAGAAUGUAUGUGAAUGUGUUCCCUUAUUCUGAGAAUAAAGAUGGCUCUUUUUCUCCA